UGCCUCCCCCUCCUCCAUCUCUUCCAUAUCCUUCUCCUCCUCCCUGUGAUUGCCUCAGCUUUGCACCCCCCACCCCCGCCCGACCCAGCGUCCCCGCAUGGUUCUAUCCCCGGCAACUCUGCACGCAGGACGCAGCGGCAAGGCGCACCGCUUCGUUCUGAUCUGAAAACACAGUGGAUUCACUUGAAAGAGUGGGGGGCCAGGGGCAAAAGGAGAACAAGGAGAAGCCGGUCGCUGACCGUGGUCAGGAUCCCAUUUUCGGCCAGGACUCCAGGUCAUUGCUGGAGAUGUUUACUGAAGAAAGCCACUGCAGGACUCCACAAAGGGCAAUGCCGGUUCCAGAGCAGCCUGAGGAGCAGGAGCAGGGGGCCAUGGUUCCCUCUGUGAUACCAGCCUCUAAUGGAGACAGAUCUGAGACAGAGACCACCUCCUCCAUCCUUGCAUCAGUCAAAGAGCAGGAGCUUCAGUUUGAACGCUUAACCAGGGAACUUGAGGCUGAGCGUCAGAUUGUCGCCACACAGCUGGAGAGAUGCAAGCUGGGAUCAGAGACGGGCAGCAUGAGCAGCAUCAGUUCAGCGGAUGAGCAGUUUCGCUGGAAUGUCCCAGCAGAUGGACAAAAGGAUAUUGAGGAUGAGCUGACCACAGGUUUGGAGUUGGUGGAUUCCUGUAUUCGCUCCCUCCAGGAAUCAGGAAUACUUGACAGUGGAGAUUACUUUCUCUUUUCUUCAGGCUCUCGUGGCUCCUACAGUAAUCAGCACAGUCAGGAGCCCCUUCGUCCUUUGGGUUCCCCAGAGCACCACAUAGAUCCCAUCUAUGAAGAACGUGUCUACCACAACAAGGGCCCAAUGAGGAGCCUUAGCCAGAGCCAAGGGCCAGACACAGGUCCUUAUCGCAACAACACCGCUCCUUCCUCCCCUGGUGUCGACUCCGCCCCUUUGCAGCGCACAGGAAGUCAUGGCACGGGAACAGGAAACUAUAGCCGUGGCGGAAACAACUACUCCACAGUGGGGCCAGGAUACACCUCAAGCGGAGGUGGUGGCAGCGGAGAUGUGUAUGGCUCAGACCCCUAUGUGGCAGACCCCUACCGCACCCUGCAAUACUGCCCUUCAGUGGUGGAAUCACCCUAUAGCAAGUCUGGCCCAGCCCUGCCGCCUGAAGGCAGCCUGCAGCGUUCCCCUUCCAUUGAUUCUAUUCAGAAAGACCCCAGAGAGUUUGGGUGGAGAGAUCCGGAGCUGCCAGAGGUGAUUCAGAUGUUACAGCACCAGUUCCCGUCGGUUCAGUCCAAUGCAGCAGCCUACCUACAGCAUCUCUGCUUUGGAGACAACAAGAUCAAAGCUGAGAUCCGUAGACAGGGAGGCAUUCAGCUGCUGGUCGACCUACUGGACCACAGGAUGAGCGAGGUUCACCGCAGUGCCUGCGGAGCCCUGAGGAAUCUGGUGUAUGGCAAGGCCAAUGAUGAGAACAAAGUGGCCCUGAAGAACUGUGGGGGGAUUCCUGCCUUGGUCCGCCUGCUGAGAAAGAGUGGAGAUGUGGAAAUUAGAGAGCUGGUCACAGGUGUGCUGUGGAACCUGUCAUCAUGCGAUGCUCUGAAAAUGCCAAUUAUCCAGGACGCCCUGGCCGUUCUAACCAACAGUGUCAUCAUACCCCAUUCUAACUGGGACUCCUCCUCCAAUCAUCUUGAGGACCACAAGCUCCAACUUCAUACUUCCCAGGUGCUGCGCAAUGCUACUGGCUGCCUCAGGAAUGUAAGCUCUGCGGGCGAGGAGGCACGACGAAGGAUGAGGGAGUGUGAUGGCAUGACAGACGCUCUGCUUUAUGUCAUCCAGACCUCUCUGGGCAGCAGUGAGAUCGACAGCAAGACUGUAGAGAACUGUGUUUGCAUCCUGAGAAACCUGUCAUACCGCUUGGCUGCUGAGACAUCUCACACGCAGCAGGGAGGGUUGGAGGAGCUGGAUGGCCUGCUUUGUGAUGCCAACGGCCGCGAUGGUGAGAGCUCUGGCUGCUGGGGCAAGAAGAAGAAGAAAAAGAAGGGAGCAGACCAGUGGGAUGGGUUGGGCCCCUUUCCGGAUACGACGGAGCCCCCCAAAGGGGUUCAGAUGCUAUGGCAUCCCACCAUCGUCAAGCCCUACCUCACCCUGCUGUCUGAAUGCUCAAAUCCUGACACCCUGGAGGGAGCCGCGGGGGCUCUGCAGAACCUGGCUGCAGGCAGCUGGAAGUGGUCAGUGUACAUCCGAGCUGCUGUCCGUAAGGAGAAAGGCCUUCCCAUCCUGGUGGAGUUACUGAGGAUAGAUAACGACAAGGUGGUGUGUGCCGUGGCCACUGCUCUCAGAAAUAUGGCCCUGGACAUUAGGAACAAGGAACUCAUUGGUAAAUACGCAAUGAGAGAUUUGAUCCAUCGGUUACCAGGAGGUAGUAGCAGCAGCAACAAUAACGCCACCAGCAGCGGAACCUCUGGAACCACAGGCCCUCCCACUCCCAGCAAGACCAUGUCAGAUGAAACAGUAACUGCCAUCUGCUGUGCACUGCAUGAAGUCAUCACCAAGAAUAUGGAGAAUGCCAAAGCUCUUCGUGAUGCUGGAGGCAUAGAAAAACUCAUCAGCAUUGUCCGCAGCAAGGGAGACAAACACUCAGCAAAGGUGGUAAAGGCAGCCUCUCAGGUCCUCAGCAGUAUGUGGCAGUAUAGAGACUUGCGCUCCCUCUACAAGAAGGAUGGCUACUCCCAGUAUCACUUUUUGGGUUCUGCCUCAACGAUAGAGAGAGACCGACAGAAGCCCUAUACCUCCUCACGAACUCCCUCUGUCUCCCCUGUCAGGACAUCGCCAAAUAACCGCUCUGCUAGCGCACCAGCCUCCCCCAGAGAGAUGAUCAGUCUGAAGGAACGCAAGAUGGACUAUGAUUCCACAGCAACCAAUGUUGGUUUCCAUAGCAACAAAGGAGAGCACACAUCCCGGAAAGACGGCAUGGCAGUUCAAGUAUCCUGUGGGACAUCUACAUUGUUCCGAAACUCUUACCUGACUGCCAGUGAUGACAUCAAACAGAACCAGGCUCCAGCCCAGCCCUGUAUUGUGCCCCCCCAGCCCCAGCAGGACAGCCCAUCAGCAGGUGUACUAAAAGACUACGACUCCUACCCUCCCCCUCCUUCGUUCCCCCAGCCUCAGCCGUCACAGCCUCCUCCUCACAACCAGAGUCAGAGCUUUGAUGACGCAUACUAUGAGGGACCUCCACCUCCCCCAUCCCAGCCACAGCCACAGAUCCAGGCACAGGCCCAACCCCAGCAGCCUCCAAGCUCAACUGGACCACCCCGGGAUCCACGGGAAGACCUGCGCAUGCACCUGGGCCUCAAAUCCACCGGCAACUAUGUUGAUUUCUACUCAGCCUCUCGGCCAUACAGUGAAUUGAACUACGAGACCAGCCACUACCCAGCCUCGCCUGACUCCUGGGUCUAAUUAGACUCUGAUGAUAGUGGGGCAAGAGAGAGUCUGUGUGUCCAUGUGUGAAGUGUAUGGGUUUUGCAAACAAUCAACGGCAGAUUAACACAAGGUUACAGCAAGUGGCAUGUUGGAAAUGGAUCUUGUAGCUAAUGGCAAGAAAUUAGGGGAAAGGCAGGGCUGGAUGGGGUUAAAAAGUGCAGUCAUUUUUGAGUAACAAAGAGGGAUUGUGCAUGUGCAUGCCAACAUUUUUCUUUUUUUCAGACAGCUUUACUUCUUCAGCUCCAUUGCACCUGUGAGUGGAUAAGGAGCAAGUGGCACUACUGUAAGGGUGAGAGAUUGGUGGGCAGGGAAUAUAGAAAGAGAGAAAAUGAACAGGCGGAGAGAGCGCACAAGACCUAGAGAGGAAGCAAGUGAUGGGAUCAAGACAUAAUGGGGAGUAGAUGAGGGAGAUCUCUUACUCUAUAGGAGCAGAAAGUGGCCUGACCUUUUGUUGAAGACAGAGGAAGAAAAGUGAUACAAAGACACCAUGAGGGUUGUUCUUGAGGAGGUCAGGAAUAUGAAAAGCACAGAGAAAGCUGGAAGCACAUCAGGCCCAAUGCAAGUAGUGGCUGCUUACCAUUUCACCCAAGUGACAAACAUAGCACUGCUUUCUUGUUGCAAUGCCCCUGCUGCCUACAGAGGAAUGCUAUCUUUAACAAACAUCUUUUUAGUCAUCAUUGUUUGACAUGAUAUUUUUAUUUGUACUUUGUUAAGUUUUCAUUUUCUCUGUACAGUGUGUAUAUUACAUUUUUUUUAAAUGGGACCAAGUUCUUUUUUCAUGACUACUGACUGAAAUAACAAAAGCAACAAAAAUAAGUCAAAUGCGAACACACAAAGCAGAAAAGACAAACACUGGCAGGAUGGCUGUCAGUGGACAUCUUUGUUUUUGCCUUUUUCCCAACCAGAGAUGAGGCCCUGCAGUAUUUGUGUUUUUCUCUCUCCAUCAAGUGAAUUUCAUUGUGGCUGUGCUCAGACGUCAACAGUCAGAGCAUCACACUGGCAGAGCAGCAUCCCAAGUCCCCAUCAACAACAAGCACUUUUUCACUGCCUAAAGAAUAUGUCUAUGUUUAAAGCACACCGUCUGUCUUUGGAAAGUAUUGUGCUUUCCUUUUGGUGAGCUAAAUUGUUUGACUUUGUGAACUUUCAGUGCUUUCUCCUCAUCACUUAAUAAUAAAUAAAAACUGCUCCUUCCAACAAGAGCCACUGUGAAUAUUGUACAUGUCAAUGUACAGUAGAGAUAAAGAGAGAGCAAGACAUGACAUUGUGCCAAACUUUGACACCUUGUGGACCAGUCAUGGUCCUAAUGGACUUUAAAAGAACAUUUUGUCGAAGUUUACAGACGAUGACUGGAUGACUCCCUCUGCUGUUUAUAACUUUUAUUUUCUUUAGUUUUGAUCAUAUAACAUACACAUUGCUGGGGAUCAUGGGUAACAGCUCCCUCCCAUAGAUAUACAGACCUGCCUCUCUGUGUUGACUGAGCAUGUGUGGGUGUUACGUCUGGACACACGUGUGUUUGUGUGCAUGUAUGUGACAGAAUGUGAGGCCUUUGUGUAUACGCACAACCUGAGUGAGUGUAUCUAUGCAUGCAUGUGUGUGGUAGUGGGUGUAUGCCACUGUUGUGUGUAUGUGUGUGUGUGUGUGCGUUCUUGUAUAAAUCAAUGUCCAAACAAGGCAUUCCUACCGACAGUUUGUCCAGUUUUAUAACAUGAAAUACCAAGCUAAAAUGACUAGAAUGAAUUGUUGAUAUAGAAUGACAAAUCUAAAAAUAUAUGAAAAU